AUGGCGUAUGAUCUUAAGCGCCAUAAACUGGUUGCGUUGAAGAUCGGCAUCCCUGGCAAAAUGGGGGAACGGGAGCUUCAUGCGCAAAAAGAAAUCCUUCGUACGGUUCAGGAUGUAUCCCGCCAUCUUACUUUUCUAGAUACCUUUUCCCUCGUGGAUGUGAAUGGCACACACUUGGUCAUGGUGUUCCCUGUUCGUGGUCCAAGCCUACACGGUUUCUUGAGAGGACUGAAGGUAAAGACUAGGAUGAAGGCUUCAAAGCAACUACUCUCCGCUCUGGAAUCCUUACAUGACGCUGGUAUUGUGCACUGUGAUCUGAACAGCGGGAGUAUGCUCUGGGAUAUAGGUGAUAUCGACAACUAUACUCCGAAAAUGGCCUACCGAAUAUUAGGCCGCCCUCGAAAAGCGCCAUUAUGGGCCCAGACUUGGAAAACUGGCGAGUUGGUUGAGCCCAUUCACUCCCCUGCCGUCUACUGUGCCCCUGAGCGAUUCCACGGCAUCGGCCCCAGCUUUGCCAGCGAUAUGUGGAGUUACAUGUGUCUCUUCGCAGAGCUGUACCUUGGUGUUGUUCCCUUUCAGGGCAGAGCAAAUGCGACUGCUGUCUCUAGUCUAGUCCGGAGCCUUGGUUAUCUCCCUUCGCAAUGGCAUGGCAGCUAUGAUGCAGGUGAUACGCCAGAGGAGUUCUGGUACGACCAGGCGCAAAGACCGUACACUCUGGUUACUCUGGAAGAAGUUAGCAAACGGGCCCGGCCGGAGAUUGACGGAACGGAGCGGAAGUUGGUGCUGUCUGUCUUCUCCAGGGUUUUUGCUUACUUGCCCGAACACCGUUUGGCGGCAGCAGAAUUGUUACAGGAUAAAGAUUUCAAUGCCAUUAUGGCGUUGUAUGGCUGCUGA